AUGAGCGAGCAGAAGAGAGUGUACGGUCCCCUCAUAGACGGGGAGGACCGUGAGGAGCGCGAAUCUAGAGGCAGACGGAGACGGAGAGACUCAGAUUACAAAAGAUCUGCUGAUGACCGGAGAGGUGAGAGAUCUGACGACUACCGAGACUCUGACUGUCCAGAGAUUCGAGAAAUGAUGCAGUCCUCUGAAGGCCCUCUGCUCGCGGACGUGAGGCUGACGGAGAGGAAAACGGGGGUAAGCCGCGGUGUCGCCUCCGGGGGGUUUUCUCACUCGCAAGGUACUCCCCGCUGGAUGGAAGCCAAGCAGAAAAUGGUGGUGAUGAAAGAAACGCACAUUGCAGCUCAUGGUAGCAAUCCCAGACGUCCGUUUGAAGAUUGGCGUUGUAACAAGUGCCGCCUUAACAAUUUCAGGAAAAGACUAAAAUGCUUUCGAUGUGGGGCGGACAAGUUUGACUCUGAACAGAAAGUGCCCCCUGGAACAACAGAGUCGGUUCAGUCUGUGGAUUACCACUUUGAUACGAUCAUUCUUUGGAACAUAGCUCCACACACUGGGAUGAAGUCCAUCACGACAGCACUGUCUCCCUACACAUCCGUAACUGUCAAUACCAUUCGCCUCAUAAAAGACAAACAGAGCCGGCGGAACAAAGGCUUUGCGUUUGUUCAGCUGUCUUCUGCAACGGAUGCUUCUCGGCUGCUUAAGAUAUUACAGAGUCUCCAGCCUCCUUUGACAAUUGAUGGCAAAAUUAUCAGGGUUGAUUUUGCAAAAACUGCCAGAAAAGACUUGGUCCUUCCAGAUGGUAACCAGGUCAGUGCCUUCUCUAUGGCUAGUACAGCUAUUGCUGCUGCUCGGUGGUCAUCUGCCCAGUCUCAAAGUGGUGAAGGAGGCAGUGUUGACUAUAGUUACCUGCAAUCAGCCCAAGAUUAUGAGCAGUUUCAUCACCAACAAGCUGGAGGAUUGGAAUCUGAUGCAUCAUCUGCAUCAGGCUCAGCGGUGACCACUAGCUCAGCGGCUGUGGCAUCUCAGAGUCCCCAGCUAUAUAAUCAGCCUAGCACUAGCACAAGUACACCGGCCCCAGCCGCUUCCCCCACUGGUGUAGUUCCUCAUACCAAAUAUGCAGUACCUGAUACGUCCACUUACCAGUAUGAUGAAUCUUCAGGAUAUUACUAUGAUCCAACGACAGGGCUCUACUAUGACCCCAACUCGCAAUACUACUAUAAUUCCUUAACCCAGCAGUACCUUUACUGGGAUGGAGAGGAGGAGACCUAUGUGCCAGCCGCAGAGUCUAGCUCCCACCAGCAGACAGGCCUGCCUCCUGCCAAAGAGGGGAAGGAGAGGAAGGAGAGGAAGGAGAAACCCAAGAGUAAAACAGCCCAACAGAUUGCCAAAGACAUGGAACGCUGGGCUAAGGGUUUAAAUAAGCAGAAAAAUAAUUUUAAAAAAAUCUUUCAACCUGUCAAUUCUUCGACGGAACAAAGGAGAGAAUCUGCUACAGCAAAUGCUGGCUUUGCUGUCUUUGACAGGAAGGGAGCCUUGGCUGAAAGGCAGCAGCUCAUCCCAGAACUGAUGCCAAAUGGAGAUGAGGAGAAUCUUCUCAAAAGAGGUCUGAUUGCUGCUUACCGUGGUGACAAUGACAAUGACAAUGAGCAGGAGCUGGUGGAGAGACCUGGGAGUGAGGAAGAGAAGUUGGCUGACUGGAAGAAGAUGAUCUGCCUGCUCUGCCGGCGCCAGUUCCCAAACAGAAAUGCCUUGGUCCGGCACAAGCAGCUCUCAGACCUACACAAGCAAAACAUGGACAUCUACCGACAAUCCAGGCCGAGUAAGCAGGAGCUGGAAGCCUUGGAGCUGAGAGAGAGAGAGACGAAAUACCGAGAUCGAGCUGCAGAAAGACGGGAGAAGUAUGGCAUUCCAGAACCUCCAGACACCAAGCGCAAGAAGCAGUUCGAUGCUGGCACUGUGAAUUAUGAGCAGCCCACCAAAGAUGGCAUUGACCAGAGUAACAUUGGCAACAGGAUGCUGAAGGCCAUGGGCUGGCGGGAAGGCUCCGGUUUGGGAAGAAAGUGUCAAGGCAUCACAGCUCCCAUUGAGGUUCAAGUCCGGCUAAAAGGAGCUGGCCUAGGUGCCAAAGGCAGCACAUAUCGGUUGUCAGGUGCUGAUUCCUACAAAGAUGCUGUUCGGAAAGCCAUGUUUGCCCGGUUCACUGAAAUGGAGUGA